AUGCACGCGGCGGACUUUGCCGCGUGCGCGCUGCUGUCGGCCAUCAUCGCGGUGUCGCUGCUGUCCAACCUGGCCGUGCUGAUCUGCUUCCUCUACAACCCGGAGAUCCGCAAGCAAGUCCCGGCUCUUUUCAUCCUCAACUUGAGCCUGUGCAACCUGCUGCAGUGCGUGUGCAACAUGCCGCUCACCCUGGCGGGGUUCCUGGCGGCGGGGCACCACCGCAACCCCGCGGGCGGCGGCGGAGGAGGAGGCGCGUUAAUGUGUCAGAUUGUCGGUUUCCUGGACACCUUCCUCACCGCCAACUCCAUGCUGACCAUGGCGGCGCUCAGCAUCGACCGGUGGGUGGCGGUGGUCUUCCCGCUCAGCUACCACUCCAGGGUGCGGCACCGGGACGCGGUGGUGGCGCUGGGCUACACCUGGGCGCACUCGCUGUGUUUCUCCACCGCCGCCUCAUGCCGCUCCUGGGUGGGCUACCACCCGCUUUACGCGUCGUGCACCCUGCGGGGGGUCCGCGCCAAGGCGGGCGGGCUGCACUUCGCCGUCUUCACCGUGGCCCUGCACACCUUCACCUUCCUGCUGGCCCUGCUGGCCAUGUGCGGGACUUACCUGAAGGUGCUGCAGGUGGCCAGGUUCCACUGCCGGCGCAUCGACGUCAUCACCAUGCAGACCUUGCUGCUGCUGGUGGACAUCCACCCCAGCGUGCGGCAAAAGUGUUUGGAGGAACAGAAGCGAAGGAGACAGCGGGCCGGCAACAAGAUCAGCACCUUCAUCGGCACCUUCGUGGUGUGUUUCACCCCCUACGUCGUCACCAGAAUCGUGGAGCUCUUCUCCCCGGAGCCCAUCAACCCUCACUGGGGGGUACUGUCCAAAUGUUUGGUCUACGGCAAAGCCGCCAGCGACCCUUUCGUCUACUCGCUGCUGCGGCAUCAGUACAAGAAGACCUGCAGUCUCCUGGCCCAUAAAGUUCUCCGCAGGAGUCAGCGGGACUCGUUCUCUCCCGGAGCGGAGGGGAACGGCGGGAGAAAUGACGUCCGGCAGUCCGUCGACGCUGCAGAGGGUUUCCAAGCAUCCGGCAACAAACCAUCUCUUGUCCAGUGAGCCAGAAGACGAUGAUUGUGAGUGUCUUGGUCUUUGAGUUAAGGCAUGAUAACUCCCGAUGUUCCUCAUCCACUGUCUGCUCGGAUCGGCACAGUUCCGUGGACUUUACUUCUAGUACCUGGUUAGUCAACGUUCCAGGAAUUGAUUACACAACCCUCUGCUGGUGGAGCAGUGGAGACACCACAGUCACAACUUGGCUGUACCACCCCUGUUUUCUACCCCGGUAAAUGUGGUCUCCUUACAGAGAAAGAACCAAACACCGGCACAGGGUUUGCAGUGGAGAUGGACUAAGAAUCCUCUGGUCCUUGUCCCUGGUCAUGUCUUGUUGCUAGGCAGAGUUCGCAGGGCUCGAGCAUAAGUCAGUCCCUCUAAGAUUCACGCAGAUUCAGCCACAAAUUGGAGCUUUGUCAAAUGCCGGCAAGGUUCCGGCUUUAUUUGGUUAAUCAGCGUUAUUUUCGGCAGUUACAUUUGUCUCGGAGCAGCACAUUAAAAGCGAGAACGGCAACGUGUACUGUAACCACGUAGCAACUACUUCUUGCUCUAACGGCUCAGACCUACUUCCUGUUUCUGUCCACAGCUCUAAGCCUUCUAGGUAGUGUAGUGUAAUGCGAAAAGUUUGGACACACCUUCUCAUUCAAUGGGUUUUCUUUCUUUUCAUGACUAUUUCCAUUGUAGAUAGUCACCUCAAAACUAUGGAUGAACACAUGUUGAGUUAUGUACUUAACAAAAAACGGCGAAACAACUGAAAACAUGUUUUAUAUUCUAUUUUCUUCCAAAUAUCAAUCAAUCAAUCAAUGUUUAUUUAUAUAGCCCCAAAUCACAAAUGUCUCAAAGGACUGCACAAAUCAUUACGACUACAAAAUCCUCGGAAGAACCCACAAAAGGGCAAGGAAAACUCACACCCAGUGGGCAUAGAGAAUUCACAUCCAGUGGGACGCCAGUGACAAUGCUGACUAUGAGAAACCUUGGAGAGGACCUCAGAUGUGGGCAACCCCCCCUCUCUAGGGGACCGAAAGCAAUGGAUGUCGAGCGGGUCUAACAUGAUACUGUGAAAGUUCAAUCCAUAGUGGCUCCAACACAGCCGCGAGAGUUCAGUUCAAGCGGAUCCAAGACAGCAGCGAGAGUCCCGUCCACAGGAAACCAUCUCAAGCGGAUCAGCAGCGUAGAGAUGUCCCCAACCGAUACAGGCGAGCGGUCCAUCCUGGGUCCCGACGAGCGGUCCAUCCUGGGUCUCGACUCUGGACAGCCAGUACUUCAUCCAUGGUCAUUGGACCGGACCCCCUCCACAAGGGAGGGGGGGACAUAGGAGAAAAAAGAAAAGAAGCGGCAGAUCAACUGGUCUAAAAAGGAGGUCUAUUUAAAGGCUAGAGUAUACAGAUGAGUUUUAAGGUGAGACUUAAAUGCUUCUACUGAGGUAGCAUCUCGAACUGUUACCGGGAGGGCAUUCCAGAGUAAAUAGCCACCUCUGAUUACUUUUUCCGCACACUCUUGGCAUUCUCUCCAUGAGCUUCAAGAGGUAGUCACCUGAAAUGGUUUUCACUUCACAGGUGUGUUUGAAGCUCAUGGAGAAGAAUGCCAAGAGUGGGCAAAGCAGUAAUCCGAGCAAAGGGUGGCUAUUUUGAAGAAACUAGAAUGUAAAACAUGUUUUCAGUUAUUUCAUCUUUUUUUUUUUUGUUAAUGGGGAACAUUAUCACAAUUUCAAAAGGGUUAAAAACGAUAAAAACCAGUUCCCAUUGGCUUGUUGUAUUUUUUGAAGUUUUUUUCAAAAUUUUACCGGUCUCGGAAUAUCCCUAAAUAAAGCUUUAAAGUGCCUUAUUUUCGGCUCUCCGUGAAGACACUGUCCAUUUCCCUGUGACGUCACACAGUGCUGCCAAUGUAAACAAACAACGGCGAAUAGCACAGCAAGAUAUAGCGACAUUAGCUCGGAUUCAAACUCGGAUUUCAGCGACUUAAGCGAUUCAACAGAUUACGCAUGUAUUGAAACAGAUGGUUGGAGUAUGAAAAUAUUGAAGAAACUGAAGCUAUUGACGCUAUUCAUAGCCAUAGCAUGGCCGAAUAGCUGCGUUAGCAUUGCCGGUAAAAUGUGCGGACCAAACGAUCAGGACUUUCGCAUCUUUUGACACUGGAGCAACUUAAAUCCGUCGAUUGGUAAGUGUUUUUUUCGCAUUAAAUGUGGGUGGAAGGAAACGUAAUAUAGUUGCAAAUGCAUCUGCAGGUUAUCCAUACAUCUCUGUGCCAUGUCUGCUUUAGCACCGCCGGUAAAUAGCAUGUUAGCAUCGAUUAACUGGCAGUCAACAUCAACAAAACUCACCUUUGUGAUUUCGUUGACUAUCGUUGCAAAUGCAUCUACAGGUUAUCCAUACAUCUCUGUGCCAUGUCUGCCUUAGCAUC